CUGUGUAGUGUUUACAGGUUGUGAAAAUGUUCGACUACAAAUACUUGAGUAAAAAACACCUAAAAGGAUUUGAUAAAUAUAAGUACAGUGCCAUAGACACGAGUCCCCUCAGCAGAUAUGUUAUGCAUCCAACGUGGAAUUUUACUGUUAGAUUCAUACCCAAAUGGAUAGCACCCAAUUUGUUAACUUUCGCUGGUUUCCUCUGCAUGGUGCUAACUGUACUCAUCAUUAUGGUGUAUGACUACGACUGUACGGCGGCUGGACGACCAGGCAGUAAGACUAUAGAAGAGCACUACACCAAACCGAAUUGGGUGUACACUGUCUGUGCAGUGUUGGUGUUCCUAGCAUAUAAUUUAGAUGGCAUCGACGGUAAACAAGCAAGAAGGAUCGGCGUGUCAGGUCCACUCGGGGAAAUGUUCGACCAUGGACUGGACUCGUACAUCGUGUUCUUUAUACCUUAUACCUUACUCUCCGUAUUUGGGAGGGACGAAUUCUCAAUUCCUUUGUUCAGAGCAUACUUGAUAGUAGCAAGCAUUGUAUUGAACUUCUACGUCACGCACUGGGAGAAAUAUAACACAGGCACUUUGUAUUUACCUUGGGGCUACGACCUUAGUAUGUGGGUAUCAUCUCUUCUAUUCCUUGCACCGGGUAUAUACGGCCCAGCAGUAUACAAAGUGCACAUAUUUGGUAACGUAACUUUCUUGCAAGCAUUGGAAGUGCUCAUACAUUGCACUGGUCUUUUCACUACUCUACCCGUUGCAAUUUACAAUGUUUACUUGUCAUACAAAAACAAAACUGGCAAUAUGUUUUCACUAACAGAAGCGCUACGACCUAUUUGGUCGAUGUUGGUAAUGACAUUGACUAUUGCAGUGUGGGCGAUAAAAUCACCAAACAAUAUCUUUGAGCUGGACCCUAAAGCCUUUUUAUUAGUCUUUGGGACUAUGUUCAGUAAUAUAGCAAGUCGUCUCAUAGUAGCGGAAAUGAGCGAGCAGCAAUGCGACAUCAUUUCUUGGAUCAACAUACCGCUGGUGGCGACAGUGGUGCUGGCGCUGUACCAGCCUUGGUUGGAGCUGGCUGCGCUGUACAUAUUGCUUCUAUUCGUAUUGUGCGCACAUGUGCACUAUGGGGUGUGUGUGGUGCGGCAAAUGUGUAACCAUUUCAAAGUUCGGUGUUUCGUUGUACCAAAAGAGAAAAGAAAGUAAUUUACUCUGUUUUAUUCUAAUUUGACCAAUAAAUUUUUGUACUUUA